AUGGGUCGGACGCUGCGAUGGGCGCGCGCUGUGCUCAAGUUGGGCCAGUUCAGGGCGAAGUCCAGGUCGGAGGUCCGCGCGACGAGGGGCACGAAGUGCAAGGACGACCUCAAUGACGGGGCUUCCACCGCAGCCAGCUUCAACGACUUGAGCAGCCGGACUCUCAGCGAGUUCGACGACGUUGUUUGCAGUGCGAGCAGCAGCUCUUCGAUCGACGAUGGCGUGCCAGAGCUGCCAGGCAGCCCGCUCGCCUUGGCGAGGACCGACACGUUCACGCGCAAGUCUGCGCUUCCCGCGGGGAGCGAGGGUUGGACGAUGAGCAAUUUCGAGGUGGUGAGGGCUCUCGGCGAGGGCUCCAUGGGUUCCGUUCGCCUGGUCAAGCUUGCCAAUGCAAGGGAUGACGCCACGUUUGCGCUGAAGAUGAUCGACAAGAGUCACAUCACCAGGGAAAACCAGAAGGAACGCGCGAUGCAAGAGAAGCAGCUCCUCGGGCUAGUCAGUCAUCCCUUCGUCGUUAAAUUUUUUGGCGCGUUCCAGGACGACUCGCACCUCUUCAUGCUCAUGGAGUUUGUUGGCGGUGGAGACCUGUUCUCGGCCAUCAGAUGCUCGAAGUUUGACGAUUCGUGUGCGCACUUCUUCGCUGCAGAGAUCACGCUUGCGUUGACCCAUAUUCACAGCUUGGACAUCGUCCAUCGUGAUCUUAAGCCAGAGAACGUGGUGAUUGACCAACGGGGCCACGCGAAGAUCGUCGAUUUCGGUUUAGCUAAAGUGGUUCAAACAACAACGUACACGAUCUGCGGGACUGUGGACUACAUGGCGCCAGAAGUAUUGUCAAACAUCGGCCACGGCAAGUGUGUGGACUGGUGGGCGCUUGGCAUCCUCAUCUUCGAAAUGCUCGCGAUCGGGACUCCCUUCAUGGGGCGCUCCGCUCGGGAGACUCGCAAGAACGUGCUCGAUCGCGAUCCGCGGUGCCCCCCGUACUUCGGGAGCGUGACCAAGAGCCUCGUUUACCUGCUCCUGAUCAAGGACCCGACGCUGCGCCUGGGCAGCGGCGCCGACGGGAGCCAGCGCGUCCGGAGCCACUCGUGGUUCUCCUCCGUGGACUGGGGCGCCCUCCUCCAGCAGAGGUGCGCCUCGCCCUUCCUGCCGAGCGCCGGCGGCGCCCCGGCGCCCCGGCUCCCGGCGGCGCCCCCUCCGGCUCCGCCCUGA